GGGCUCCCGGGGCCCCCCACGGCCCCCAAGGCGUCCCCCGCCGGGGUCCCCGUCCGCGCGGCGCACAGCCGCCGCCCUCCGGCCCCCCGGGCCCCUGCCCGCCUGUCGAGGGUGAGGAUCCGGAAAAGCCUUCUUGUCCCGGGUCCCGGGCUCCCACAGUCCUGGGCGGCUGGGGACUCCCCCCAGAGGGGGGUCCCUCCAAAGCGACUCCUUGCCCCCCGCGGCCCGGGCAGCGAGGGGACGGGCAGCCCCGAGGCCCGGCCUGAAAGGGGCGCGCGGGCGCGAAGCCCCACCCGGCGCGGCGCGGUCCAGCGGAGGAAGCCCAGUGGCCCAGUGGAAACUAGACCCCGAGGGCAGGGACGCGGCCCGGGUGACGCGAGGUCACGGGUUCCUGUUGCCCAUCCCAUCCCCCUCCCCGGCUGUGGCCAGCCGGCCCCUGUGGGAAAGGUGGGGCACCUUCUGGGGACCCAGAAGGGACGGGGAGGUUUUUCCAAGCUCGCCGACCUCUGGAGUUGCCUCCUUCUUUCCGGGGCCCUUGCCGGGUGCAGGGGUUGGGGGGCUGGUAGCCCCACGUUCAAGCUGCUCUUGCAGCUCUGCGGGCCCAGCGGGGAGCCUACCGCCUCCCAUCCUGUGUCCUAGGCUCCAGGCGUGGAUUCCCGCCUGACACGCCUGUGGUCUGGUGACGGAAGGGGUCUCCAGGAGCUGGGGGGGGGGGGGCUACCCAUCCUUUUGCCGCUCUGGGGCCGUAACUGCCCUUUUUCUCCCGACGGUGGGAAGAGAGCGGGCGAACGGAAGAAAGAGAAAGUGACCUCUGCACUCUGCACAGCAGCCCGGGAACCCCAAGCGCCUGCCUGAGAGCAUCCACUCAUCCUUCCGACGGCCUUGCAAACUCAGAUGGGCGGGGAAGGGUUCCGAGGGCCUAGCAAGGCGCCUGCCCUCUGACGGAGGCCUGAAAACAGACCAGAGGCUGUGUGGUGAUGGGAGGACAAGAAAUGUCCUGUUGGCAUUGUCACCUGGGCGGCGAUGGUGACUUAUGGUCCCAUAUGUAAAGGCGAGAUCACCUCCCUGCUGGGGCAGAGGGGAAGCCAAAGUGCCUGGCCCCAUCUCAUCCCUACCCUGCUGGACUCUUCUGGAAUGAGCCUGCCUGCCAGAAAGCCAGGUCACCCUCCCUCUCUGCCCCAGGGAACACAGGCAGCCCAGGCCCUGGUAGCUGUGGUGUUGAGGCUGCGGCAGCAUUUCCCGCAGAGGAUGCCCCAGGCGCUGGAACUUGCCGAGGGCUCCUGGGCCUGGGUCGUCCUGCUGGCCUCCGUGGUGACCGAAGCCCUCACCCUGGGCUUUCCCACCUGCCUCGGCAUCUUCUUCACCGAGCUGCAGCAUGAGUUCCAGGCCAGCAACAGCGAGACCUCCUGGUUCCCCUCCAUUAUGAUAGCCAUGCUUCACGCCGGCGGACCCUUGUGCAGCAUCCUGGUGGGACGCUUUGGCUGCCGAGUGACAGCGAUGGCUGGGGGCGUGCUGGCCUGCCUGGGCAUGGUGGCCAGCUCCUUCAGCUACACCCUCAGCCAGCUCUACGUCUCCGCGGGAUUCUUCACAGAGAGGGGAAGGGAGGGAGAAAGAGAGGGAGAGAAACAUCAAUGUGAUUUUGCCUCUCAUGCACUUCCGACUGGGGACCCAGCCCGCAACCCAGGCCUGGGCUUGUGCUUCAGCUUCCAGUCGACCAUCACUGUACUGGGCUUCUAUUUCACCCACCGGCGGGUGCUGGCCAACGCACUGGCCUCAGUGGGCGUCUCCUUGGGCAUCACACUCUGGCCGCUGCUCGCCCGCUACCUCCUGGAGGAACUGGGCUGGAGGGGCACCUUCCUCAUCUUCAGCGGGGUUUUUCUUCAUUGCUGUGUCUGCGGGGCCAUCCUGAGGCCAGUGGCCACCAGCACGGCUCCCGAAGCCAGAAAAGGCCCUUCUCCAACUACCAAGAGACCCGCUCCUGGCUGCCCCGCAGCAUGUGUCCGGCGCACCCUACGCUACCUGGCCUUCGACAUCCUGUGGCACAAUGCAGGCUACCGAGUGUUCACGCUGGGUGUCACGUGGAUGAUCCUCGGGUUCUCACUGCCACAUGUCUUCCUGGUGCCCUACGCCAUGCAGCAUGGGGUGGACGAGCACAAAGCGGCCCUGCUUAUCUCCAUUAUCGGUUUUAGCAACAUUUUCCUGCGGCCCAUGGCUGGGCUGGUGGCAGGGCGACAGGGCUUCACCGGCUACCGCAAGUACCUGUUCAGCCUCUCCAUCCUGCUCAACGGGCUCACCAACCUGGUGUGCAUCGCAUCCUCCGACUUCCGAGUGCUGGUGGGCUACUGCCUGGCGUACAGCGUGUCCAUGAGCGUGAUUGGCGCCCUCUUCUUCCAGGUCCUCAUGGACAUUGUCCCCAUGGAUCAGUUCUCCAGGGCCCUGGGGCUCUGCACCAUCCUGGAGAGCAUCUCCAUCCUCGUCUCCCCCCCCAUGGCGGGGUUUCUCCUGGACAGCACAGACAACAACUUCAGCUACGUUUUCUACAUGUCAAGCUUCUUCCUCAUCUCGGCGGCCCUCUUCAUGUGUGGCAGCUUCUGUGCCCUUCGGAAAAAGGAGAAGCAGGCCUCCCAGGCCAGGGGGGAGGCAGCCCUGGAGCCGGCCCUCCCCGGGGAGGGCACAGACAGUUCUGAGAAGCGGCUGUGGACCGAAACCAUGUACGUGACCAGCGUCUGAGCCCUGAGGUCAGUGGGUGACCGCCGCCUCAGCUCAUGAACAGGAUGUCCAGCUGUUUCACCAGGUGAAGUGCUGCCCGGCUUGCCCGAACCAAAGACCAUCCAGGCUGCCUGUUGGGACUUAGCCAGGGGCUGUGACCUUGGAGGCUGGCCUCUGAGGACUCAGGGUUCCUUCCAAUGAGCAGAAUGAAGGAGCAGGUCCUCCUCCUUCUCUUUCCUCUGGGCACCAGGGUACUCAGGCCCAGGAAGGUGGCUCUGAGCCCUGCAUGAGUCUGUCACACCCGACUCCGCUGAGCUGGCUCCCCACUGCUGCUGCUACAGUUCAACACAGCAGGCUGCCCAGUCCAGCUGGACGCCUCUGAUGUUGUCACUUUGUCCUUCUCUGACAUCUCACACAGUUCCAAAGAGCCCGCCCGUCCUCCUAAGCCCUCCAGCCUGCUCCCUCUCAGUGACUCCACCUUUGCCCUCAGGGCUGCCCCCAGCACGUUGCUGGGCCCCCAGCUGCUCAGAACCUGGGAAAGAAGGACCCCGUGAGAGUAUGAGUUUGGCCUGCAGCAGGGGAUGGCCACCCGAGGACUCAGCCUGGCUGCGGGGUUUGGGCGGAUUAGAUGUUGGGCGGAGUACCUUUCCUGGCAUCUGCACAGAGAAUCAGAGGGGAGCACCUCUCUUGGGUCCCAGAGUCAGUGAAGUCUGAGGGGCCCCCUGCAGAUUCUGCAGAGCCUGCUUGGGGCCUCCCUUCCUCCUUUGUCCCACUUGGUAUUUUAGCGGGAAGAUAAGUGCUGGAGUUGAGGAAACCAGACAUUUGACUCACCAGGGAGGAUGAGGCUCGCUAGGCAGGGCCCGACGACCUCUUUGAAAAUAGAGCUGCUUUUGUAACAGAAGCCCUUCGACUCCCUGCUCCCUGCUGUGUCAGAGGCGUCUGCCCUGGGGUAAGGAGCUGGCUGGGCCAGCUGCCAGUCCACCCCUGCUCCCUGGUGGCCUGUGUUGUUGGCCUAGAGGUCAGACCUCCUCCCACCUCCCUUCCGCCCAAUACACACACACACUCUGCUGGUGCCCUUCCUUGAGGUCAUGGCGGGGGGGGGGGUGGG